CUCUUUUAUUCUUUAAUAACGCCGUUCUUUUCUGGCGUCUAAAUCCACUUUUAACACUCUCUCAGUAAGUGUUGCAACACUCUCUAAACUAAAACUCUUACGUACCUACGUGUUCUUCUUAUUCAGCAAAGAGAAAAAGAGAGAGAGAAUAACAACAACAUGGUGGUGCCUGAGUCCGGUAUGAACACCCAAAACGAGGUGGAAUCGCCGCUACAAUUGGAUCAACACAGCAACAAGAACCAAUUUCCGUUCUCAUCACUGGGAAGACAGAACUCAAUAUACUCCCUCACCCUCGACGAGUUCCAGCACACGCUAUGGGAGAGUGGCAAGAACUUCGGGUCAAUGAACAUGGACGAGUUUCUCAGCAGCAUAUGGAAUGCGGAAGAGAACCAAGUGAUGAACAACUCCAACGUCGUCAUCAACAACAACAACAACAACAACAUGAACAACUUGUCGCUAAGUGAAGCUUCCACUGAUAAAGGGUUGAUAAGGAAGCAACCGAGUUUGCCUCGACAAGGGUCUCUAACACUUCCUGCACCCUUGUGUAGGAAAACAGUGGACGAGGUUUGGUCUGAGAUACACAAAGGACAACAAGAGAAUAACAACAACAACAAUUGUGGCAGUGUUGGAAAUACCAACAAUGCUCCAAAUACCGAAUCUGCCCCUUGCCAACCCACCUUUGGAGAGAUGACUUUGGAGGAUUUCUUGAUCAAAGCUGGGGUAGUAAGGGAACAUUGUGCAAUGCCACUCCAACCUCAGCCUCAUCAUCAUAUGCAGCAGUAUGCCAUGUAUCCAAAUGCAAUGGGGCCUUCUUUUGUGAGUAGGCCAAUGAUCGGGAUCGGCGGCGGUAGUGGUGGUGGGAAUGUGGUUGCACCACGGCCUUAUCAGGCCGUGGUGCAGAGUGGUGGUGGUGCAAUUGGGGAGCCUUCUGGGUAUUCGGCGGCGGCAACAAUGCCGCCGCCGGGGGUUUGCUUUGGAGGGAGGGGGGUGAAUGGUGGCGGCGGUUAUGCGGCGGCGGUGGCGGCGACUAAUAUGGGAAUGGCGGCGCCGGUUAGCCCGGUUUCGCCUGAGGGGAUAGGUACUGGUGAGAACUCUGGUGGGCAGUUUGGGGUGGAGAUGGUGGUGUUUAGAGGGAGAAAGAGGGUGUUGGAUGGUCCUGUGGAGAAGGUGGUGGAGAGAAGGCAGAGGAGGAUGAUCAAGAACAGAGAAUCAGCAGCCAGAUCUAGAGCAAGAAAACAUGCAUACACUGUUGAAUUAGAAGCAGAAUUGAACCAAUUAAAAGAAGAGAACGCCCAACUUAAACUAGCUGUGGCCGAUCUUGAGAGGAGAAGAAAGCAACAGAAUUUAGAGGAAGUGAAUGGAUCAGUUCAAACCAACGCUCAGAAGGCCAAAAGGAAAUUGGCAUCACUGAGAAGGACCCAAAGUUGCCCUUUAUGAACAAAGGAUCUACAUGUGCAACCAGUGACAGUUCUUAGAUUUUAGUAUGCAGGUGCAUUUUGCAUGAAGAAGAACACAGAGAGAAACUCAUGCCAAAAUCAGCUAAAAGGAAUAGAGACACAAGACAAGUUGUGAAUUUCAUUUUGAGAAUCCAAUUCCGCAGAAGUUAGUGAUCAACAAGGAUUUGUUGAGCGAGUAGUUAGAGAAAUAUGGUAAAUAUAGUUGUUUGUUUUAUUGAUGUCAUUUUCCCAAAUAUACAAAAUCAUAGUUGUAGUUUUCUUAUACAAUAUAUAUAAGCGAUAUGCAUGUUAAUCAUCAUUCAUCGGUGGCCCUUUGCGUGUU